AUGGCCUCGAAGACUGCUGCGACGGGUGCUGGUGCGCCAAAUCAAACACUAUACUGUACCAAUCUCCCUGAUAAACUCAAGAAGCCCGAUUUGAGAACGGCCCUAUACACUCUCUUCUCUACCUACGGCCCAGUGCUCGAUGUGGUGGCCAUGAGAUCGAAAAAUAUGCGAGGACAGGCACACGUUGUGUUCAGGGACGUUCAGACAAGCACACAGGCUAUGAGGGCAUUGCAAGGCUUUGACUUCUUUGGGAAAGAAAUGAAAAUCGUUUACGCGAAGGGGAACUCCGAUAUUAUCGGCAAGCUUCGUGGGACGUAUAACCCCCCAGGCGCGAACGCGGACCAAGGCAUAUCAACGGACCUCCAAAAAUCCAUAUUCCACGGUCCACCUUCUGCAGCGACUGCUGCAACCACAACACAACCCAAACCUGUGAAUGGUCAGACAGCCCCAGCCCAAGUACCACAAGGCGUAAAACGGACUCGAGACGAGGAGAGCGAAGGCGAAGCCCCAAUGGAUGAGGAGAGUGACGUUUCCAUGGAAGCAUCCUCUGAUGAGGAUUAA